AUGUCGGACGAUGAGUACUACGAAGGCGAUGGUGAUUAUGUAGAUGGUUAUGAUGACAAUGAAGGUGGUGGAUAUGAUGACAACGAUGGUGGUGGAUACGAUGGUGACAAUCAAGAAUAUUACGGUGACCAAGGAGGCUACGAACAAGAAGAGUUUGGUGGUUACGAAGAUGAGAAUCCACCAGAAGAAGACCAGCAAGUUGAGUAUAAUGAAGCCUAUAAUGAGCCAGAAGAUGAAGGUUAUCAACAACAAGAAGAAGAGCAACCUCAAGAAGAGCAGGCAUACCAUCAAGAGUCCAACUAUGCUGAUGUGGAGCAACCUCACAGUACUGGAGGGGGAUUGGAGUUUGGAGGGUUUGUCAAGGAUGCUAUGGACGGAUUUGGGGGAGGAUCUAUUCAUGAUGUGGUAGAUUCUAUUCAGAACAUUGCUGGAGGCAGUGGAGGUGAGUCAUAUUGUACUAAAAGUUUGGGUUUAGAAGAUCUUACUUUUUACCGUAUGUCGUGUAUACAAAACUGCACACUGAAAUGCUAUUACUUGUAUAUAUCAAGUAAUACUUCACGCUAACAAUUGUAAGAUAAUAUAAUUCUAGGUUUGACGAACAUUUUGGCUAGCGGCGGAUUGGAGACUAUUGCAGCUGGACUGAUCGCUACAGCAGCCCACAAGUUCUUCAAUGUAAACCCGGAGACCGGUCGUAUAAUUGGAGCGAUUGCCGGUAAUGUCAUCUUUCAGUUGGGAGGUAAACACAACAGUCUCAGCGACAUUGGCAAGAUUGUGUUGGAUAACAUUGUCAGCGGAAAGUAUAAGAGAAAGGUAUGUUUCUACAUUCAUUAUCUGUUACUGACCAUUUUUAUAAGAUAAGUAUAUAAAGAAAUUGAUUUUAAAAUAUUGUAAUGUUCAGGUUGACCCCUUCAUCUCGCCAACACCUGGAGUCAAGAGCUUCAACCUAGACUUUAACACGGAGCGUCAACGGUGUUUGGCCGAAAAACGUCUGUUUGAAGAUCCAGAGUUCCCGGCUAACGAAUCCAGCUUGUACUUUAGCCAGAGGCCUAAGAUGAGUAUCGAAUGGAAGAGACCAGCGGUAAGUAAAAUACGAAGCUUUAAAUAUUAUUUCACACUGACAUAUUAUGAUUUAUAAAGAGACAUAAAUUUAUGCAAAUUUGUUUUAAAACAUAUUUAAAAUAAUAUUCCUAAACAUAAAGAUUCCAGGAAAUAGUGAAUGACCCCCAACUGAUCGUUGGAGGUGAAUCCAGAUUCGAUGUAAAGCAAGGAGCUCUUGGAGAUUGUUGGCUUCUAGCUGCUACUGCCAACCUUACCCUACGCGAGGAACUCUUCUACCGUGUAGUUCCUCCAGAUCAAAGUUUCACCGAAAACUACGCUGGCAUCUUCCAUUUCCAAUUCUGGAGAUACGGUAAAUGGGUGGAUGUUGUUGUAGAUGACCUUCUUCCUACCCACAACGGAGAAUUGGUCUACAUGCAUUCCCAAGAUCACAAUGAAUUCUGGAGUGCAUUGUUGGAGAAGGCGUAUGCUAAACUCUAUGGAUCCUAUGAGGCCUUGAAGGGAGGAUUCACAUCUGAUGCCAUGGAAGACUUUACUGGCGGGCUGAUUGAAGAUUAUGACAUUAAAGAGUUGCCUAAGGAACACCUGUUAGCUUUGAUGGUGCGAGGAUUCCAAAUGGGAUCUUUGUUUGGUUGCAGUAUUGACGUAAGUCUUUUAACUAUACUUUAUAUCCAAAACGUUGAUCAACGAUAUACUAUGUUAUUCUUUGUAGGCUGAUCCAGAAGUCACGGAAGCGCGCUGUGACAAUGGUCUAGUACGAGGUCACGCCUACAGUAUCACAGCCCUACAGACCGUAUCUGGCCCUCGUGGAAUGACUCCAAUACUGAGAGUUAGAAACCCAUGGGGAAAUGAUACGGAAUGGAAUGGAGCAUGGUGCGAUGGUGCUCCAGAAUGGGACUACGUCAGCUACGAAGACCGACACAAGAUGCAGGUCGUAUUCAAGGCUGACGGUGAAUUCUGGAUGAGUUUCGACGAUUUCGUGAGGAAUUUCGAGAAGCUAGAACAAUGUAAUCUGGGUCCGGCUGUCAUGAACGAAAUCGCCGAAAUGACUGGCGUAGCUCAGGUGGCAGAUUCAGCUUGGACUGAGUUCCAGGCGGAUGGACAAUGGUUAUCAGCACAGGGUACUGCUGGAGGGUGCAAAAAUAAUCGUAAGUUCUUAAAAUUGCCUUUUUUGUGUUUUUGUAAUGUGUUACAGCUAGAACAUCUCCAAAAACAAAAGUUAAAACAAUUAUUUCAGCUUCCUACCCCAACAAUCCUCAAUAUGGUGCUAAACUCAGUGUUGGAACAAACACUGUAGAAGCUGACGGCAAAGCUACCGUCAUCGUAGCCCUGCUACAGAAGUAUCGCCGUGAACUUCGAGUAUCUGGAUUAGACAACCUUGCCAUUGGAUUUGCUGUUUACGAGCUUCCAAGUCCAAGAAGACAACAGGAAGAUUACCUUAAGCAUGCCCAUACGAUAGCAAAGAACCCUGUAUUUAUAAACAGCCGAGAAGUUACGGCAAGGUUCAGAGUUCCACCAGGAGAGUAUCUUAUCAUACCAUCUACUUUCGAACCAAAUGAAGACGCGGAGUUCUUGCUAAGAAUAUACACAAGUGGACAAGUGGAAGCUGGGUAA